CGCCGCGGUACCUCCGUCUUGUACUGGGGGACUUGGGCUUGUGCUAUUUGGGUGGUACCCGCUAUUUCCAAUGCCCCCCCUCCCGUCCAAUUCUCCUCAGCAUGUACGUACCUGAGCCACCCCCGGCCAGAGUGCAGUGGCUCACACCCCCUCUAGAUUAGCACACACGCCCCUGCGGUCCGACACCCCUGGGCCUGGCGUGCACUCGUGCUUGUGCUAAGGUACCUUAGACUCCAUUUACAUAGCGCACACCGCGACUCCCUUCCCCCAAUCCGUCUUUCUUCCCACAGACCAAACAAGAAUAACUACGUUUGAUCCCCCCGGACUUUGUUCGUUCUCCUCCACAUACACAUACACUUACACCAAGCAACACCAAGACCCAACAUCCAUUGCAGAGGAUUUUGAGAGGACGACCUUGCACCAGGAAUCGCCUUCACACAUACAGUAUAUGUCUACUCGAGGAUCCCCAUGAAACGCAGCAUCCACCUCGACAUCGCACUGACACGCCAAAUUCGCUUACAUUGAUCUUCAACUCCCUCGACUUGACUGCCCGCGACCAAGUCUUCUCCACCUCGAAUCUCAUCCUCUUUACUACGCUCAGGCGCAUUGUCGGCUCUAACUCGAUCUACUUCGCCGACGACCUAUACAGACUUGUCGACCGUUUCGAUUGCACUUACAACUUCGACCGACUUAUUUGCACCCACCUUCGCAACUCUCCCUAGUCGAUAAAUCGACAGGUCCAAGACACAUUAUGCCCUAUCGUUUAGACACUCACGUUUUGACAGUGGAUGCGAACGUCAUCCACAAGGUCGAUACUGGCAAUCCCGCCAAUCUCUAUAGCAUGUGGACUGUCUUCUCUCGGUGCGCAGACUCCGUUGAACAAGGUCGAAGACUAGAGAACCUUAGCUGGCGACUGUGGCAAAGAGAAACCUUUGUCGUCGACAACGAAGAAAAGACAGCACCCUCUACACAGACUCUCCCCCAGAACAUUCCUUCCGAGUCAAGGAUAUCCGAUCUUCCCCAACUAUCUGGCAGUGUCGAGUCUCUUGUAGACGAAGAGACCAUCGACUUUAGUUCAUUAUCAGCACCGCUUGAGAUCGCCCGCCCUCGUGUACGACGUCAAGAUUCUUGCGCCAGCACCCGAAGCAAGCGCGAACGCCACAUCAGCUCCGACGAUUUCGAGAAGAUGAUUGUGUCUAUUGUUAAGGACAAGGGUCCUUUGUCGGCCCCUCAUGUAGCUCCUGUCCCCAAGCAGUCUCUUCCUGUUCCUCCUGCUUUCGAGCGUUCUGGUUCAACCACAACCGAGUCUCAAUCGCCUGUAAAGUCCAUCACAGCUUCAGAGGGUUCGCCACAACCUUCACCGCAAAGCCUCCCCCGCACCACUGUUGUGCGUGGCUUCUCACCUUCCCAGAUUCCCACUCCUCGAACUAUCUCCGGUGCUGCUCAGUCAUCAGACGCAAUUCCUGAGCCCAAGUCGUCGCCUGCUGCCAAGGUUGUGCAAUCAAAGAAGCCCGCUCGCUUUGCGCUUGGUGGCUCUUGUUCGUCUAGUGAACAGGACCAGAGCCUCAGCAACAGCAAGCCCAUCAUUCCCAUCAUCAAGAAGCCUGUGUUCCAGAUCGGUGGCUCUUCUGAGGAGGACGGCUCACUCAAGAGCCCCAUGGCUUCAUCACGACCUGGCUCUCUGCUCUCUGCACGCAAGAAGCAGGCCUCGUUCAGCAACAAUGUCAUGACACGAACCAUCGAUGAUGAGGCAGCCGUCGACUCAGAUACCGACGACUACAUUGACGAGAGCGCUAUCGAUGACGAUGACGACUCUUCGGACUGGGAGGACUCGAUGGAAGAGAGCGGAAAGUCUAGCAUGGACGACAAGUUCUUCCAGCGAGUGGAUUCCAAGGCCAAUUUGACCUCACGACGAUCUCUCAUCACCCUCAUGCUUGCCCAGAACGAUCGCGCACGCACUCUUGGUAACCACGCCUCUCAAUCGACUUCAGCAAUUCCACGAUCUCGUAUGGCCCACGGCCCCUCACUAGGUGCCUCUCCUAAUGACUCCGACGAGGCUCCCCUGAUGAUGAAGGGCAUGCGUGGACCUGGCCUCAAGCCUAUACAUGAGGUUCCUAGGUCUAGUGCUCAGCCCAUCAUGACCGGCCCCAACCACAUCCAGCCUCAAGCUGCGCUGUCACCUCGUACUACUCGUCGCAAUAUGUUGGCGACUGAGUUGACUGAGUCUCUUCGACGUCAUCUCCUCUGGGAGCGACAACAGAAGUCCUCGACAGCUAAUGCCGUCCUCAAGCGACGACAUACAUCACACGAUGUGGCCAACCUGAAGCAGUACCCUGAGAAGCCUUGCAUGAAGAAGAGCGAGGAUGUGAAUGCCAGCAGCUGGAACCAAUACUUCUCCAAGGAGGCCAGCGACGGAUAUCACUCCAAGGGGUGGUAAAUGAUACCACCACACUAUACCAUACCCACACAACUAUACACACUACGAUUGUGCAUUGGACGGCGCACGAAAGGCAUCACCACAUCAGCAUUGAGCGUUUUUAUUUUUAGCUGCGCUUGCAGCAUUUGUUUUACAAGUCGUUAAGCGAAACGGAACUCAAUUAUUUUUAUCUUUUUAUCACUCAUGGCGGGGAGGGGACUCUUUAACAUUAUGAUACCAUGAAAUCGUGUUUUUUCAAGGCCGCGACAGGCUCUUGUUUCGUCAUUUCCUGGCUCGGGGCACGUGUACUUGUAGUUCAUAUGGGGAAGAUUUCUGGGGCAACCUGAGGAUAUGAUUUCACUAUGAAAGUUUGAGGCGGAGGGAACUUGAGUUAAGGCGGAGCAUCACGAAAUACGGUCAUUGGUUUUGCUCGAGCAAGCGCAAAAGGCGAAAACAAAAGUCAAAAGCAGUGUAUGAUGACAGGCGAGAGCAGAGCGAAAGCGAAAAGCAAUGUAUGAGCGAGAGAGAGAGAAAGAGAAAGGAGAGACUGAGAUGGAAAAGCGAAAGAUUAAACGAGUCACUCAGCAAAAAAACUCGCAAAAAGGGCGAAUUGUCUAUGAGAAAGAGGUUUCCGCAAAAACAUGAAUAAAACUUUUUCACGUUGAACAAACAAAAUAAUUAAUGACAUGACCCAAUUGAGUGGAGUGAGUGAAUGAGUGAAUCGAUCAUCCAGACGCAAUGCGUGUGGUGUUGUGAUGGAAUGUCGCAUUGCAUUGUGAGUUGUCAGAAGGGUUCCAAGGUUCCUGGAUGCUUCAAGGAUCGCUGGGAGACAUGACCCAGGAUGGACGUCAUCAAUUCUGGUUGUUUUCAACUUUUGAGCCAGGCCUAGCCAGCACCUUCAGAGCUGAGGGUUGCAGCAGCGGCCGUUUAAUGCACAGGCAGAAAUCCCAUUGGCUCGGGGAGGACAAGCCCCAAGCCUUGAAGGCCAUUUGAGUGUGGCAGACCCAACCAAGCAAGCCAGCGCUGCAGGCUUUGUACAGCUCGUGACUUGAUCAAUUGGCUUUUAGGUUUUUUUUGCGAGGGGAGAGGAGAAAGGGAAAGUCAGAUUUGAGCACAUGUCAAGGCAUGAAUCUCUGAAACAAUUUUCAUCAUUUGGUCCUGUCAACUCCAUGGGAAAGCUCUCCAUGUCAAGGAUUUCCACUUGCAAACCAACCAAACUGUCGGUAAUAAAUGGCGUGAGUCGCUAGACAAAAAGGAACAUGGGACUUUACGAUAAUACCCGUAGUCUGAUCGAGCGGUCAGUCGAAGGUGCUGGCUGAUACUGGCUGCUGCUUCUAGUCUUUUCUCUAGCAUAGGGCAGUGUUGUCUUUGUUGGGGAUACCUUAUGCAAGCUAACAGCGCAGUCAUUGUAGUAAACAAAAGGCAAGGUCAACAACACGAGGUCAAAGUUAGAACCGUCCUGAGCCGUCUCAACGACAAGUCCUUACAAGAUGACCAUUGACAUAAAACGACUGGCUUGGCAACUCCAACACCAUUACCAGGGCUGCCAAGCCAUCGGCACUCGCUUCUGGGACCUGGAACGCGCCAUUGAGUUUUUUUCUUUUUUUUUUUUUUGCCUUUACAUGGGUUCUCACAUGAGUUAUUGUCAUCUCAAGUCGACCUGAAUUGAAAGGGUGUCCGGCAUCGGUAUUCAGAAACCGAUCCCAGCCUCUCGUCAAUAAAUUAGGUGAGUGUAAGCUGAAGGGGCACAUCCGGGCGCUAAGAACAACACGCGUAAAUCCAAUCUCCUCCACAGUCCAAACGACUCCCUUGUAUCUCCGCCCUCGGCCAAAAUACUUAGACUUCGGGGGUUCUGUUCCUUGGAAGAUACCUGGGCAGACGGAUCUUUCUGGCUGCUUUUCUUCUUGUGUUCCUGUUACCUGAAAUUGGAGGGUUCGAAAGGGUAUGGGUUGCAGCGUCAAGCCACGAAUGGGAAAUGUAGUAUUAGGCAACCCAUAAUUAAC